AUGUCCACCACCAGCCCGGCACGCAGCUGCCACCGAGCUCGGCGGUGCAGUCCGGGGCCACCUGAGAGGCCCGACUCUCCCAUGUCCACCACCAGCCCGGCACGCAGCUGCCACCGAGCUCGGCGGUGCAGUCCGGGGCCACCUGAGAGGUCCGACUCUCCCAUGUCCACCACCAGCCCGGCACGUAGCUGCCACCGAGCUCGGCGGUGCAGUCCGGGGCCACCUGAGAGGCCCGACUCUCCCAUGUCCACCACCAGCCCGGCACGCAGGUGCCACCGCGCUCGGCGGUGCAGUCCGGGGCCACCUGAGAGGCCCGACUCUCCCACGUCCACCACCAGCCCGGCACGCAGGUGCCACCGCUGUCAGUACGGACUGCACGUCUCACAACCAGGGGUGGGCUAG